GUGUCCUCCGUAUGGCCAGAUACAUCCCCUUGUAAAUGUGGAGAGUACGGAAAUGUUCAUCCGCCGUAUUACUUCAUGCCACGAUUUCGACGACAAUACUUUAGCUAUCGAUUCUACAUCUGCUCAUCUACCGCGACAAUGUCUCUGACAUCCGCGCUGCGACCUGUAGGGUUACCCUUCGGCGCAGGUACGAACCGCGAAGCGAAGUCAGACGCGCAGCAGACGCGCCAAUUCCAUCAUGAAAUCGACUACUUGAAUCUAAACAGAACGCUGAAUCGCUUUCAGCAUCUAAUCCUGCUCACACCCUCGCCUUCCUCUGGAAACCCUUCAGAAUUGACUCCUCUGCAACGACAGAUACAGGCCGAAUUGUGGUCCCCUUUACCUUACCACCGAACGAAAUGGAUGCACAAUGUCGAAGGUGCGCGGACUCUACUCUUACAAUUGGAACGAAAAGCACAGACUAUUCGAGUGCAGCGGACAAAGUAUGAAGCCAUCAAAGAUCUGGCAGAGAAGAGAGCCAUCAUCAAGAAAUUGAGACAUCGGAUUGAAGAGAUCGGGCGCGAGGUUGAGACAGGGGCGCAGCAAAUGCCGAUUGCUGAGGAAGAAGGUGAUUCUCUGUAUGACAUUCUGCAGCAACAGUCUCGCCAGACAGAAGAGAAGAACGAAUUGCUGGAGGGAAAGCCUGUCUCGCAGGUGGAAGAAGAACCGGCUUCGAAAGAUGAUCUAUUUUCAUCGUCUACAACCCGGCGGAGAAGAGGUCGGGGCGAGGAACCAAACGCGCAAACAAGUGGCUUCUCGAAUAUGCAAUCUACAGAACGAACAUUGUUGGAUUCUUCUCGUGAACAAGAAGAUAUUACGGUCAAGUUGGUCGACAUGGCAGUUCGAUUAAAACAACAGAGCAAGAACAUGCAAUUCUCUCUAGAACAGGACAAGACGUUUUUGGGCCGAGCGACACAAGCCAUGGAGGUCAGCGUCAGUUCGAUGGAGGCUGCCAGCAAGAAUAUGCAGUUCCUCAAGCGUAUGAGCGAGGAAGAAGGUCUGUUCGGUCGAUUGAAGUUGUACGCCAUUAUCUUUGGGAUGUGGGUUGCAGCAUUCUUGCUGGUGUUUGUGUGUCCGAAAUUGAGAUUCUGAUCAUCAGGCUUGUCACGAUGACCAUCUGUUGAGCAUCAUGGUCAUGCAUGCUCCACGAAUACGCCAUUCAUUGUGCCGAGAUUGAGUGUGUCAGUUGCACAACAGGCCAAACCUGGCCAAAGAAUCCUGGCGAUUGCCGAAGAAGGGUGCCUGAAGAUCUCAUUCAACAAAUAAUGAGGCCAAUGACCAGCUUGAGCGGGCCACGAGGACUAUUCUUGGAAUCUGGAUUGGCGAUUUGUUGCUUUCGCUUUCACAUGAAUGAAAAGCUUCUGGCGAUUGCGUUUGUCUCUCUGUCUCAGAUGACGUCGAUUUGCAGGUGAAAUCUUGAUGAAGAAGAGGACAACAUUCCAGCACGAACCACGCAGAACCACGCAUGACGUCAUCGGCAAACGCGUUGACUCGCGGGGCAGGGAUCGGAUUCAUCUUGCGGUCUAUA